GUAAGCCCGUAUAGCUAACUGUAUCACAAAUGUCCGCUUUUUAAACUUUAACAUUCUUGACGUCUAUUACAGGUUUAUUGUAAAGAAUGGCUAAUUGUUUGAAGUCUUUUACUCUUUUUGUCCAAAAGGCAUCUUACUUAACUUCCAUAUAUGGUAUCUGUCCGACAAUUGCAUCUAGAAAACUUCACAUUACACCGAAUCCUGGAACGACCAAGUCUGGAGAGAUUUCAAAAGAAUACCCUGUCUUCGAUCAUACAUAUGAUGCCAUUGUUAUUGGAGCUGGUGGUUCUGGACUUCGUGCUGCUUUUGGUUUGGUUGACAAGGGUUUUAAGACAGCUGUUAUCACUAAACUGUUUCCUACCAGAUCUCACACCACUGCGGCCCAGGGUGGAAUGAAUGCUGCUUUGGGAAAUAUGGAAAAUGAUGAUUGGCAUUGGCAUAUGUAUGAUACAGUCAAAGGAUCUGAUUGGCUGGGAGACCAAGACGCUAUCCAUUAUAUGACUAAAAAUGCUGGGAAGGCCGUUAUUGAACUGGAAAAUUUUGGUAUGCCUUUUUCAAGAACAAAAGAUGGUAAAAUUUAUCAAAGAGCUUUCGGAGGUCAAAGCCUCAAUUACGGAAAGGGUGGACAAGCACACAGAACUUGUGCUGUAGCUGAUAGGGCAGGACAUUCACUUCUCCAUACCCUUUAUGGACAGUCUUUGAGAUUUGAUUGCAAUUUUUUCAUUGAAUACUACGCUAUGGAUCUGCUCAUGGAUGGUGAAACGUGUAUUGGAGCAAUAGCCUUAUGUCUUGAAGAUGGUUCUAUUCACAGAUUCAGAGCCAAAAAUACUGUAGUCGCCACUGGUGGUUUUGGAAGAACUUACUUCUCCUGUACUUGCGCCCAUACUAGUACGGGUGACGGGGUAGCAAUGGUGAACAGAGCAGGUUUUCAGGCACAAGAUAUGGAAUUUGUACAGCUACAUCCCACAGGAAUUUAUGGUGCUGGAUGUCUGAUUACUGAAGGUUGUCGUGGUGAAGGAGGUUUUUUGGUCAAUGCUAAGGGUGAAAGAUUUAUGGAGAAGUAUGCUCCGAAAGCAAAAGAUUUGGCUUCAAGGGAUGUUGUAGCUCGAGCAAUGACAAUUGAAAUCAGAGAGGGCAGAGGAGUCGGUCCGGAUAAAGAUCACGUGUACCUUCAAUUGCAUCACUUGCCCCCAGAACAAUUGGCUCUUCGUCUUCCUGGAAUAUCAGAGUCAGCAAUGAUAUUUGCUGGUGUUGACGUAACUAAAGAGCCUAUUCCUGUACUCCCGACUGUACAUUAUAAUAUGGGUGGAAUACCGACCAACUAUUGUGGCCAGGUAAUCGUGCACCGAGAUGGUAGUGACAAAGUUGUUGAAGGUCUCUACGCUUGUGGGGAAGCAUCUUGCUCUUCAGUCCACGGUGCUAACAGGCUUGGUGCUAAUUCACUUUUGGAUAUAGUAGUUUUUGGUAGAGCAUGUGCCUUAACAAUUACAGAAAUAAACAAACCUGGCGAUUCAAUCCCUGAGCUAAAAGAUAAUCAUGGUGAACAAACUGUUGCUAACAUGGAUGCACUUCGCUUUGCUGAUGGUGAAUGGAAUACAUCACACAUUAGACUGACAAUGCAGAAGGCUAUGCAGAAAGAUGCAGCUGUAUUCAGAGUAGCAGAAUCUUUAAAAUCAGGUGUUGCACAUAUGAAAGAAAUAUAUAAAAUGAUGGGAGAUAUCAAGACAUGCGACAGAAGUUUGAUUUGGAAUUCAGAUCUUAUUGAAACAUUAGAGCUGCAGAACUUGAUGAUAUGUGCGAUGCAAACCAUCACAGCUGCUGAAAACAGAAAAGAAUCUCGUGGUGCUCAUGCUAGGGAAGACUUUAAGACGAGAAUAGAUGAGUAUGAUUACUCUAAACCUAUUGAAGAGCAAAAAAAGAGAUCAUUUGAGGAGCACUGGCGUAAACAUACAUUAACACAGGUUGAUAUUAAAACUGGAGAGGUGAAUAUCUCAUAUAGGCCUGUCAUUGAUGAAACUCUAGACCUUAAUGAUUGUCCUACUGUUCCUCCAGCUAUAAGAAGUUACUGA